AUGAAAAGGAAAUUUCAUACAUAUGCAUUCUCUUACUUGAGUAAUGGGAUUUAUGUUGUUGAUCUUGUAAAGGCAUGUUUCUCAUGUGAGAAUGGGUGUGAUGAGUACUGGGAAGGGAGUGGGAAUGGGAGAAGGGUAUUUGCAAGUGACGAAGACAGACCACAUUGGGUUGCAGAGCCUGGCAUUGACAGAAAAGCCUCUGAUUUCAUUGCUAAAUACUAUGCCUCCACACUCACUGACUCUCACACCAAAUUUGCAUCUUGA